GACACAUCUUCAGUUUCUCUCUGCACCAGAAAAAAGGAACAAUCAUGAUGAAGCUGGUGGUGUUCGUGUUGUGCCUGCUCGUCUCAACCUUGGCUGCUCCUGUUGCAGAGAGUGAAAGCAAUGAAGAACAACAGGUUGCGGCACAUGCUAAUGAGGCCCUGAGGUGGAUGGAGAUGUACAGGCUGUACCAGCAGCAGGGUGUAGUCACAAACCCAUUCCUGCCUGCUGCUGAUGCUCCUGCUGAUCCAGCUGCAGCAGUAGUGGAGAAUGCUGCAGCAGCCCAGCCAGCUGAUGUCCCCGCUGCAGCUCCUGUUGCUGUUGGAGAAGGAUCAGAGGAGGAGUCUGAGGAUGGCGCCCCUGCCCCCAAAGCUGCAGCACCUGAUGCUCCUGCUGCGCCCCUAAACUCUGAUGAGGCAGAGGAGGCCGAGGAGGUAGAGGCAGCUGAGGCUGAACCAGCUGCGGCUGAAGAAGCACCAGCAGACCCUGCAGUAGACCCCGCGGCAGACCCUGCAGCAGAGCCCGCAGCAGACCCUGCAGCAGACCCUGCAGCAGACCCUGAAGCAGCUGUUGAGCCAGCUGUGGUUGACGCUCCCGUAGACGCUGCACCAGGUGAUGCAGCUGUUGAGGAUGUGCCUCCUGUUGAUGUUGUUCCUGCUGAUGCUGCUCCUGCUGCCCCUGAGGUGGCUGUCGAUGCGGAUGCCCCUGCUGCUGUUGCUGAUGCCCCACUGGCAGCUGAGAUUGAUACAACUGGAGUGGCAGCAGAUGCCGCCACAGUGUAGUUAUCUUCCCCUCAUUAUCAGAUAAAGUGCUCCUCUGUUAGCAGUUAAAGAAAUAGCUGGAAACCUCAAUGGGAUGUGUUUUUCUAGAGGAUGAAAAAGCUGUGGCAUAUUAAAAAGUGACUGAAAAAAAA